AUGGAAGUUCCAUCCAAGGAAAUAAUUGAAAUAUCUCGUAUUAUAUCUUCGAUUCGAAUUUUAAAUGAUAAUGAUUCUGAACUGACUGCUUCCGAAUUAUCUUUACUUCAUUCUUAUCGUACAGAUUUAUCACGUGCUUGUUCAUUACUUGCAAGACAUCCAACAUUAAUUGAACAAUUACUUGCAUUACAUCCACAAUUUGAUUUACGUCGUUAUUUUCUUUUAGAACAAUCGUGUCGUGCUUACUUUACACAUUUACAAUUAAGUAAUACAAGUACAUAUGGUAAUUCAAAUGAAAAGAAAUCAAAUAAUACUGAUGAUGCAUCGAAUGUUCUUGUUACAUAUUACGUUUAUUGCGUGCACUUCUUGUACGUUAUCCUCAAUAAUUACGUACUAUAUUUGAAACACAUCUUCUUAAUAUGUCAACUGUUGCAUGGAAACGUCUUAUACCCAGUGUUUUAUCCAGGUUUCAUUUUUCGGGUGGGUGGUUGAAAUUUUUGGAGGGGCUGCUGGCUAAAAUUUCUUCUCAUAUAGUAACGAGUGGCCUAUAAAGAAUGGCGGUCUCAUUGCUUACUCAAUAUCUUUUUUGCUUUUCAUUGAUUUGAACUGAACCUUUUCCCAAAAGAUUAAGCAUUGAGUUCUCUAGAAACUCAUGUGUAAAAGAUUUUUUAAACUACAAAACGGCGAAGUACUAAAGCGAAGAAAAAAGGUUAAAAAGUCUUCAACUUUGAAGCUCUAAAUGCAUUAACAUUUGGAGUAUGUUUCGACAAUUUAUGCGAAGGCUUAAGUUACAGGAGAAACAUUUUCUAGUAUUUUCAAGUACGCUCUGCCCGAUGUCUUUGAAAAAAUUUCUUUUAAAGUGGCGUUCGCCUAUUAAAUCGAUAUUUUCUGAAAACUCGUCCAUAACGUCUUAAUUUCGGCUUUCAAGGAAACCUACUGCAAACGAAACUUUGCAUCACUCGAACAAGUGUACAGGGGUGUAGUCGAGUAUAUCAGCUUUCAAAGAAAAAAAUCAUGAAAAAAUAACGCUUUUUUAGUGAAUGGCGCGCGUUUUCGGUUACUGGCAAGCAUCAAAAACAUGAAAUGACGGGGUCGGUGGAAAAGGCAGAUAGGGAAAACGUCGAAAAGGAAAAUAUCGAAAAGGCAAAUAUAGAAGGGGAAAAUACAGACAUUACAAAAGUCGAAUGAAAAAAGUAGAAAAAGAAAAACGCCGAAAAGGUAAAUGCCGAAAAUUGAGUUUUUUGAUAAUUUUAAAGAAAAAGAAAAAUUUAUUUUCUAAAUUGGUGCGCACAGAUACGUCGCAUCUAUGUUCAAUACAAGUCCAAUACUUUUUUGAUGAGGACGUUUUAUUGCAUGUGAACAUAUAUUGGUUAAACACUAGUAAUGGUUUACCUUUAUUAGUCGUUAAGAAUGAUAUUCCACUGUCCAUUGCCAGCGAAUGAAGAGAGAAUUAUUUGUUAGUUGUUUUCGCCAGACUGAUUUAUAUAUAUAUGGUAUACGCUAACAACGAACAAGUAUAGACUAUAGACGAGGAGGACAACGAAUUUAACUUAUCCCACUAACAACCAAUGCCAACUCAAAAGCAAAUUUCGUUAUCUACAGACAUCUUUUUCAUUCUACGUUUUCCUUUUCAGAAUUUUUCUACUUUUUCCUCUAGCAGUUUUUCUUCGACACUUUCAUUGAUUAUACUUUUUCAUUUCGACAUUUUUCAUUCGACGUUUCCACCUUCUGCAAUUGCCAAUUUCGACAUUUUCCUUUUCGGCGUUUUUCUUUUCUGCCUUUUCCACCAAUUCGGAAAUGACAGUUGGGUUUUUUAGAAAAAGCAAAAAAAUUGAUGCAGAAUUUUUUACUCAUUUUGGCAUGAAAAAAAAUUUCGAAGACAUGAAUCUUGCCCAGAACCUGACGUAGAGGCGGCGCCAGGAAUUCAGACUAGGGUGGGCUCAGACCCUCUGAAUUUUUACCAGGGUGGACUCGAACUACCUUAGUUCUGAAAAGCGAAAAAAAUGAAUGGAAAAUUUCUCGAAUUUUUGGGUUAGUCAAAACUGGUUCUUAUUCAAUGCUAAAUAGUUCGCAUGAAUGUAUAGAAGGCUUGGAGUAGUUUUCGAUCGGGGUUGCCACCUCUUCCACUUUUUCACUAAAAACAAACUUUCUUUUCUUAUUGAACAAUUCUGCGUGCAAGAAACUAGAUAAGAUGCUACUCGAUGAAAGUUUCUUAGAAAAUAAUUUUCUAACUCAUAAUUUUCUUGAAUUCUAGUAAAAUUUUCGCUUCGCACAAUAGGUUUUCCAAUAGAUUUUUUCGUUAAAACACUUCCGCUUCAUUUUGACUUCCAAUAUGAAAUACGUUCUUCUUGACUUGAAAUGCUAUCGAAUAACAAAACAUUUCUUUCGAGUUCUUGUUCAUCUGUUAAUAUGAUAGAUGAAAGCGAAGUCAUACUCGACCGCUGUAUGUACAAAAUGAUAUUGUUCUCUUGGUUGUGUGAAAAGCAAGAAUUAUUU